CACAUGCGCUUCGGAAUUCGGCCGUCAAUGGGGAGUACGCAUGCGUUCUGCGAUCAGUUCGUCAAGCCGAACGGCGCAUGCGUUCUAGGGUCCGACGUCGUCUCGGACGGAGCAUGUGCAGAGAGUGCUGUGUUGGUGCUAGUGUCCGUAAUUAGUGUCAGAAAGUGGUAGCACUAAGAUCAUCUCUCAUUCGUGUAAACUCCAAUGGGCACAGGGACAACCUGUUCAGCCUUUCAUCAUUAGUGCUCUGCCCUGACCUUAAAUUUAGCCUAGACAUCCAAUAAUGACAGACAAUAAACGCCUUGCGUACUCCAUCAUUCAGUUUUUACGUGAUCAGCUCCAAUCCGGAGAUUUGACUUCAGAUGCUCAGGAAAGCUUAGAGGUUGCCACCCAGUGUUUGGAGACCGCAUUUGGCAUCUCCACAGAUAAUGAGGAUCUUGCUGUGUCUCGGACACUCCCAGAGAUUUUUACGGCUGCUGUUAAAGAGGAGAUACCUAAUGUGAUUGUGCACUCUGUGCCUAAUUCUCCAACUGUUGAAGAUAUCGCAAAAGCUGAGCAGUUGAAAACUGAAGGAAAUGAGCAAAUGAAAGUAGAAAAUUACCAGUGUGCUGUGGAUUACUACACAAAAGCCAUUGAAUUGAAUCCAAGCAAUGCAGUUUAUUAUUGCAAUAGGGCAGCAGCGUUGAGUAAAUUAGGAAACUACACUGGAGCAGUGCAAGACUGUGAAAAGGCAAUAGCUUUUGACCCAAGCUAUAGCAAAGCUUAUGGCAGAAUGGGCUUGGCCUUGGCUAGUCUAAAUAAAUACAGUGACGCAGUAAAUUACUAUAAAAAGGCUCUGGAGCUGGACCCUGAAAAUGAAUCUUAUAAAGCAAACCUCAGUAUAGCAGAACAGAAGAUCAAGGAUGCACCAAGUCCAACAGGAGGCAGCGGUGGGUUCGAUCUGGCAAGUUUAUUGAAUAACCCAGGCUUCAUGAAUAUGGCAUCAAGUCUAAUGCAAAAUUCGCAAGUACAACAAUUAAUGUCUGGAAUGAUGUCUGGGUCCUAUGGUCCAGUAGGAAGUGGUGGAGCAGGAACUGGGGCAGGAGCCAAUGAUAUUGCAGGCCUCAUCCAAGCAGGACAGCAAUUUGCACAACAGAUGCAGCAGCAGAAUCCAGAGCUAAUUGAACAGUUACGGAGCCAAAUCCGGAGCCGAACCCCGAGUGCCAGCAAUGAAGAACAGUCCUAACUACAUACAAGAUAUACAACAACAGAUGGAGAUUGUUUGUUCUCCACUUUGACAUCAGGAACUUGAAGUAAUGAUUUGUACUGUCACUUGCAUGUUCAGGAGGAUCCUCAAAGUGGAGAGCUAACCACUUGUAAAUAUGGAAUUUAAAAAAGGAACUGGGUUUCAAGCUUGCAAAAACCACUAAUUGACCUUUCUGUGGAAGUUAUGUAUUGAGCUUUCUGUGAUUCUCUAAGUUUUUUUUAAAAAUCAGAAUAUUCACAGAGGAACACCUCGCUGCUUUUUAUCACUUCUCCAGAACGUCUGUUAUCAUGUGAGAUUCCACUGUUCGUUCUUAAAAACAACAGAGGCUAACAGCAAUGGCUCCACACCUCACCUUCUCAAUACUGACGUUUCCAUAAGAAAUUGUUUUGCCUGUAACAGUUUUUUUUUCCCCGCCAUUUUAUCCGUUCAGCGGAAUGGAACAGCAGAGGCCAUAUGUAUAAAUUCAAACAAAUUCUGCUCACAGUGUGAUUAACAUCACUUGUUUUUCAUUCACGUAGGCUUUUUUAAUGUUGCAGAACAUUUUAUAAAAAUAGCACAAGAAUUUGUGUGUAACCUUAUUAAAAUUAACAAUUUGAAACCGAGAGGCAAAUAUGAAUAUUAAAUUAGCCUUGGGAGUGAAAUGGUGAAACUUUGCUCAGUGGCAAUUGUUUGAGAAAUUGUUAACAUUACCAGCUGAAUUGAAAUGCGAUCAACUUUGUUUGUACUUGAUGUAUUUUAGGGAAUGCAUUUACAGAAUGGACUCCAGAAGCUGCAUACAGGAAGAAGAAAAGGCAUCCAUGUAUUAUAAUAUAAAUGACCACUUAAGAUUGAAGCAUCCUAGUAUGGCAGUCACACUUUGCGACAGCAACAACUCCUCCUGAUGCUACCAAAGCCCCGCAUUUGAGGAUUGACCAUAUAGUAUGCAUUGUUCUAGCUGUAGAAAUAGAACGUCUUCAUUAGCAGCCAGUGUUUCUAGCCAAUGUUUGCUCAUAAGGGAGAGACGAAUAGAUUGUGAGCACCUCCACUUUAAUUACUCAAGAUAUUGAGUUGGAAUUUAUGUAUAACUAUGGAAUCUGUUUUCAAAUCUGCAUAAGAUAUUCAUAGAAGUAUUUUGGUAUCCUUUUUGUGCACCAUGGCUGAACAUGUUUCACAUGGCCAAGACCACUGGUUUGCAGUUUUUAUGGAAAAGUGAGAUAAUGCAACCCAAAAUGCUGCUGAUAGUCCCUGUAAUAAAUUUGAUUUAUCUGUUCAACAGAAAAUUAGUGACUAAUUAAUUCAUUCUAAACUUACUGGAUCACAGAAUGCAAUCAGAAAUACACAGCUUUCAAAAAUAAACCUGAAAUUCCACAUCAUAAAAA